AUGCCCAUAUGCAAUGCUGGAGAUCGAGACAAGCUGUUGCAAUUCAAAUCCCAGCUCGACAAUCCCGAGAACCCUCUGAAUGCGUGGCAGCCGGGUUCGAGUUGCUGUAACUGGGGGUUUCUGUUUGUGGUCGAAUGCAAUGGGGCAGGAAGGAUUAACACAACUUAUUUGACGGAUUCUUUCGACGACGAAACUAUUCCGGCAGGAUACCAGGUGAAGGUGAAGCUCGGAGUUCGGAAUCCAGGAGCUUCUCUUGGCGACCUGACGGAGUUGACCACCCUGGUUAUGCGAAGAGCUUCAUUUAGGUUUGCUUACGCUGUUCCUCCGCAGUUCGGCAAACUUGUCAAACUUGAAAGAUUCACUUUAGAAAAUCGUGAUUUCAUCCGCAGGAGUCCUGAGUUUAUUGGCAAUCUCGCCCCGCUGUCAGAGUUGAGCAUGACCGGCAAUCAGUGGACUGGUGGCAUUCCGGAUUCAUUUGGCAAAUUCAAGGAGCUCCGCAUUCUCUCUCUCCCCUAA